CAUUUUUGUCUCACUGUGUUUAUAAUUCCUUUUCACUUCCACAGAAGAAGCGCCAACGAUUUUGGAUCGAAUUCUAUUCUCAUUCUCUCUUUCUUUGCUAUCACUGGCCCCUUUUUUUAUUUAUUUUUUAUUUUUUUAAUUUCUCUCACCUUUUCUAAUUAGCGAAGGCAAUACCUAAAAAAUCCAAAUUCCAUUCCUAACUUCAAUUUUCCGGGAAAAUUUAUAUACAUAUAUAUUUAAUCGACCUUAUGCGUUAAGCGAUUUCCACUCUGAUUUCACCGGGAAUUAGAUUUUCGCAGUGGAAUCUACCCGUUUCUGCUCUUGAUUUCCAGGUUCCAGUCGCAAGUAAGAUAAGCAUGGAUCGGCUAAAGGAUUCUGCUCGUUUGAUGAUAGUUUCAGAUCUUGAUCAUACAAUGGUUGAUCAUCAUGACCCAGAGAACCUUUCUCUGCUCAGGUUUAAUGCGUUGUGGGAAGCUCAUUACCGUCAUGAUUCUUUGCUAGUCUUCUCGACCGGAAGAUCACGUACACUUUAUUUGGAGUUGAGGAAGGAGAAACCCAUGUUAACACCAGAUAUAACUAUAAUGUCUGUGGGAACUGAGAUAACAUAUGGUAAAUCAAUGGUGCCAGAUGAUGGCUGGGUUGAAAUUUUGAAUCAUAAAUGGGAUAGGAGUAUAGUCACAGAGGAAACCAGCAAAUUUGCUGAACUAAAACUUCAGUCAGAAACAGAACAACGGCCACACAAGGCUAGCUUUUAUGUUGAUAAAGACAAAGCUCAGGCAGUGACAAAAGCACUUUCAGAGAGACUGGAAAAACGUGGGUUGGAUGUCAAAAUAAUCUAUAGUGGAGGAAUAGACUUGGAUAUAUUACCACAAGGUGCUGGCAAAGGACAGGCACUUGCAUAUCUGCUGAAGAAAUUUAAGAAUGAGGGAAAAUUACCUGGUAACACACUUGUUUGUGGUGACUCUGGAAAUGAUGCCGAACUCUUUAGUAUUCCAGACGUACAUGGGGUCAUGGUUAGCAAUGCCCAAGAAGAAUUGCUGCAGUGGCAUGCUAAAAAUGCUAAAGGUAAUCCUAAGAUUAUUCAUGCAACAGAGAGGUGUGCUGGUGGAAUCAUUCAAGCCAUUGGUCAUUUUAAGCUGGGUCCAAAUUUAUCUCCCAGAGAUAUUCUAGACUUUAAGGACUAUGAUCUGGAAAAUGUAAAUCCUAAUUAUGAAGUGGUGAAGUUUUACUUGUUCUAUGAGAAAUGGAGACGUGCAGAAGUUGACAAUUCAGAGAUGUAUGUGGCAAGUCUGCGAGCUCAUUGUUAUCCAUCUGGUGUUUAUGUCCAUCCUUCUGGUACUGAACAAACUCUUAGUGACUGCAUAAAUACAUUAAGAAGCCACUAUGGAGAUAAGCAGGGAAAACAAUUCCGUGUUUGGGUGGAUAAGAUAUUGCAUACAAAAAUCAGUACAGACACAUGGCUGGUGAAGUUCAACAAGUGGGAAAUAUCCGGUGAGGAGUGGCAAAGUUGCCUGACAACUGCGAUAUUAAGUUCAAAGGGUCAGAGUGCUUCAGAUGGAUUUAUUUGGAUGCACGUGCAUCAGACAUGGUCGGAAGGAUGUCAAGGAAAAAUUCAAUCAUCUUUUCUAUUCUAGACUUGUUAUUUCCUUGAAGUUUCAUCCAUUGAAAUAAAUGUAUCACAUGAUUGUGAUUACUUUAUUUUAAGUUUUGACAAUUUGUAAACCAGUAUGACUCGUGAAUAUGGCUUAGUCCGUGAUUAAAUUUUACUAUAACGAGGGUGGGUUUCUGCUC